ACACCUGAGUUUUUAAUGUAGGGGUUGACUCCUGGUUUAAUGACUAUUUUAAAGUGUUUGGAAGACAAAGUUCUGAGUGACAACAGCUCCUGUUCAAACCUGUUUCUUUGUGGAAAGUUUAUGAAAUGUGUUUAAAACAGCACGACUGAAGCAUUACAGCAGUUUACUGCGCCGACACUGAAGGAGAUCGUUUACUGAUCAAACAGUCAAAAAAAGGCUGAUAGCGUUAACGUGCAGGUGUGUCUGGAAACAUUAACACACACACCCUCGUUCACCUGGAGAGGAAGUGUAUCCUGACGGGCUGGUGUUUCCUUCUGUUUUGGGUUUUUAAGGUUUCUACAUUUCUUUGUCACGACUGGCCACUCGGCCUCUUUCACCCAGAAUGUUCUCACUUCCACCGUGCAGACCUCAGGCUGCUCCUCGAAAGCACAGUAAUCCAUUUCCACUGGACCGAGUCUGCAGCGCGUCAGAACAAUGAUCCCUUUUUUCUGUAAUACCUGCCUUGUGAGCGUGAUUUCAACAGAAUCAGCGCUUAGUACAGAGACCAGCAGGAGAGACGGAGCGUUUCUGCUGCAGUGUGUUUUCACUCAAAUUUAAAAUAUAUCCAAAGUGGAAUUAAAAGUAUAAAUGUAACGUAAGUGACUCCAUGGUGUCCCAUUACUGUACAGCCUCCUUAUUAUCAGUAAACACUAUAUAAAAAGUGUGUUGUGAUAUGUCAUCACUCACAAACACACAACACAACGUCUGCAUAUUUAAAAUGUCCACAUAUCAGAGUGUGAAAACGCCGCUGGCCUGUAAACAGCUGCCAAUCAUCUGCAGCCACGUGAGCUGCUGCUAGAGGGAGGUGUUGUCCACACACACACACACACACACACAACUCCAGUGUGUUGUUUGUUUUAAUCACCCUCUUUAAAAAGUUUUUCAGUAAUUUUGGCAGAAAAACAUUCAUUCAAACAUUCCUGGGAAGCCGAGGGCGGAUCAGGUGAGGAGGCGUUCAGGUGCGGAUGUAAUUCAGUAAUGGUGACACACACUGUGAGCUGUUUAUGGGCUGGUGUCAACACCUCCUCCACCACUGACAGACAGACAGGACACGACUGAAGCGAGUCCCUCCCAAAGUCGUCUGCCUGCUGUGAGACACAUAAAGUGCUGGCAGCUGAAUGACAGGCAGCAGUUUGUGACAGAGCGUCAGUCGAGUCGAGCAGCAGACAAGAGCAGCGCAACAAUGGCUCCUGUGGGCAUGGUCGGCAUGAUGGGCUGGAUUUCCUCCCCUGAGGUGGGCAUCAUCUCCCUCGUCGUCUUCCUCGUCCUGAGCAUCACUCUCGUGGCCCUUUGUGCCAGGUGUCACAGGAACACGAACAACGCGUACGACGUGAGCGGCUCAAAGACUGACGGAGCAGGAGGAGCAGGAGGAGCAGGAGGAGCAGGAGGUGCAGGAGGAGCCAACGGGGUCACUGGCACAAAGACAGCAGACAUCGACACCUCCAUCAGUUGGCGGAGCCACAACAACAUGCCCGCCAGCACAUUCGACCGAAAUCGUGCAGUGACCAACUAACCAGCCGGUGCCGGUUCUGAACACUCACCCCACAGCCCCCCGUCUCAACCCAGAAGCAGGACAGAGGACCAAUCAGAACUCCAGAACCCCAGUUUCCUAAACUUGACCUUGUUUCAAAUGUACAGAUGAAUGGAAAAGGAGGAGGCAGGAGGAAAAGUUUCUCCUUUCCUCCUCCAGUCUGAGCCUCCAUCCACUCCUCCACCUCUCUGGAUACGGUCCGGUCUCAUUAAUGGAAUCUGAAUUCAUCUGAGCAGAGACCUUCACACAAAGACUUUCUAUCAACCAGCUCAACUCAACCAUCUGCAUGUAGUUCACAUUAUUCUCUGUCCAUUUUGAUUUUCCGCAUAUUUUUUCCAUUUUUUUGAGUGUUGCCACUAAACUGUUCAGGUGUUAACUUACCUCUGACGUGUGUUUGAUCAUGUUGCAUGUUUAACACUGGUGACUUUGUCGUCCAUGUAAGUUGAUCGGGCGGCUGCUCUCUCCAACCUUCCACUGUAGUGUAAAGUGGAGGACAACAGUUUCCAGUGAAGCUUCUAGCUCGUUCAGUACAGAUUGUGAAUUAAUGGUAAUUCAUUUUACAGGCGAGUUACACGGUGUAAGUAUUUCUUGGCCGGCCCGGUGACUUCCUGCAGUCCUGUCAUCACCGUGACAAGGAAGUCGCUGCAGCCAGCCAAGAAAACAAAACGAACUAACAAGAUUUUUACUUGGUACGAAUUAAAGAAAUGACAUGUAACUUAGUAGUGUCAGCUUUAAAGUCGGCUUUUGGACUUCUAGCUGUUUCCCUAUUUCCAUUCUAAGCUAAGCUAAGCUAAGCUAAACUAAACUGAUUUAAACGCUGUAUAAAAAUCAGUGAAACCUUAAGAUCUGCAGCAGGGUUAGCACGGU